AUGGCCACCUCAACAAAAAAAUACUUUCAGACGACACUCUCCUUCACCCCACUCAAUAAGGGCAAGGCCAGGGCCAAGGAAUCACUUGUCGAACCACCUGCAAGCAAGAAGCCACGCAUAGACAAAGAAAACCAAUCCUCCUCCACAACACCCAAAAAGUCCUUGUCCUUGAACAAAGCAAAGAAAAACACUGGCAACAGUAAGCCUCAGCUAAAGACCAGCAGCCGUCCUUUUGCAUUCACCAAAACCGACCCUAUCGAGCCACCCACGUUUACACGGAUCCCGCUUCAGUUUUCAGAAGAAGAGAUAUGGGCUCGAUUGCAAAUACGCGAAUUUGUAUUCCGAUUUGGAGAGCAUUUCAAUAUCGACUCACGUGUUAUCACGAGCAUGCAAAAUGUUCAAGGCAAUUGGCGUAUCAAACGAUUGAGCAUCAACAUCGCCCUCGAAUUAUUGCAGAGUAUGGAACAAGGCUAUAUUGAAACACCUGUUUCGUCGGCAUUGGCAACACAAGAUAUCUACUUUAAAGGUGCACGUACGAUGCAAGCUAUUGGCACUCAAGUGAUGCGUGAAUGGAUGGAGGAUCGUGGAUUGACCGACCACAAAUACAUGACAGCCGAUGUUGCACGUAUCACCUUUGUGGAAGAACUUGAACGGGAUGGAUUGACAGCAAGUCAUUGGGAAGAUCUCGGCUUUGUACUGUUGGCGGCAGGAUUCAAUGAUCAUCUUUCACAAGCACUCAAGAAUGCAUCCAAGCUCAAAGCCACUGACCACAUUUACAUGAUACAAAUGAUGUGUGAUCUCUUGCUCUUUCAUUCACAACUACGACGUCAAUGGGUGAUGGCAGAUGGGAACAACAAAGAACACAAGACGGUGGAAGCAGCAUUACGAGUGGAACGACGACGAUGUGAGAAUUCAGAGGAUUCAAAGAUAUAUGAAAAUCGACUUGCAUUGGAGAAAAGAUAUCUCGAAUUGACGAUCGCAUCACACAGAAGCACCAAACGAUUGGAACCAGCAGGAUAUGAUAACAAAGGCAACGAAUAUUGGAUUUUCAAUGAUUUGAUUACGGCGCAUGGUGGAUGUGGAGCUGAUUCACGUAACAGUGAACCAUUUUGGGCAUACAGCGUGGUGGCCAUUGGACCUGGACCAGCAAAAACAACAACGAAAGAAAGACAAUGGUGGCAUGUAUCGGACAUUGAGGACAUCCUUCAACUUCGCAAAUGGUUGGAAAAGGAAGAAGCACCAUCAUCUCAAUUCACUCAGCAAUUGAUUCAACGUGUUCAAUACUUGCACUCAUUACGAUGGAUCGAAGCCCAAGGAAAGAGUGGUCGAAAAGCUAUAGCAAAAUGA